CAAUGAGAAACAAGGAUGAGAAAUGAGACGGUGCUGAAAAAACAGCAGUAAACACACCAAACAAAAGUCUCUAAGUUCCUCGUUGCUUUGUCAUUAUUUGAGCUUGAAAAUCUUGCACUAGCUAACAAUUUCCGGUACAUUAUGGAGCGAGCUAUUAUUGAGAUCCUUGGUGAUGUCGGGUAUACCGGGCCCAUGCAUGAGGACGGCCGUCUCAGGAAGGCAAUCGAAGAUGGAGUGACUUCCAAAGAUUUCACUGAGUUAGUUGCCUGGCUCAGCCAGGAACUGAAGUCUCUGUGUGACCUCGACGAGCACAUCACUCCUGUAACCGAUCCGGAAGAUGCUGAGCACUUUAUGCUGGAGACGAGCGGCUUCUUGAAGGAACUUGGUUGUCCUUAUGGUGACCUUAUUGAGGGUCCAGUCAAUGAAAGACUGAAGACAAAGGCAGCACGUAAUGCUCUCCUAACGUAUCUUCUCUCUGAGCUGCAAUCAGCCAAAAUGAUUGAAGCAAACAACCCUGAGUCCAACAGAUCUGCCAAACCACCACCUGUUCUUGCGUCUCCGCACAAUGAUCUAAAAAAUAUGUUGCUGGCACUGAAAUUCUCCAAGCCCCCUGACAACAUCACUGCCGCUGCUCUCUUCACCAAAGUUGAAACCAAGCUUGCCGAAAUUCUGAAGACGGCUCAUCCCGAUCUGGUCAGCAAAGCAAUUUUCGACAAGCCAAUGAAUCCAGACAAGUGGAAGGCACUGGUCAAGGAGCAACAGAAACUGCACAGCGAGUUUAAAAUUCGUCGUGAACUUUUGAUCACGAGGCUGAAUGUGACUGUGCAGUCGUUUGAGUGGUCCGAUAGACUAAAAGACAGGCAGGAUGACAUGGCCAAAGAAUAUCAAAACAGAAAGAGCGCCCUUUGCAAGGAGCCAGCUGUAGACAUUUCGGACCUGCUGGCCGCCCGUUUAGAUUUGUCAAUUCUCGAAAAGACUAGCAACGCCUCUGUGAGGAAGAACACCAAGUCUGGUGUCAAUGACAUCAUCAUUGGCAAAGUUCCGGACAGAGGAGGCCGCCCAUCAGAGCAAGCAGCACCUCCCAAAGAAAUGCCAAGCUGGCAGAAUAAGAGAGUUGCCGAUGCACCUAGAGGUGGAGGAGGCGGUGGCGGUGGCAGAGGUAACUGGCGUGGCCAAAAUAGUCGUGGUGGAUAUGUGCAACCCAACCGUGACAACCAACAGAUGGGUACCUCUAGUAACUAUGCUCCGCAAGACAGCUACCAAGGUCAUAGGGGUGGCGGCCGAGGAGGAGGAAGCCGAGUCCAGGGUGGCUGGAGCCAGCAAGGAAGUGACACCGAUCGUUCAUUCUACAAUGGAGGACGUGGUCGUGGUGGAAACAGGGGAGGCGCUCGAGGCGAUUAUGCUCGAGGCCGCAGCAGAGACCACUUCUAGUCAGGUGAGCUUCCUCUCUCUAGGCUUGGUGCCUUUCUCUGAUUAAUUAAUUGGUUGAUUUGAAUUUGAAUUUCUGAAGUUCAUUUUUCUUUACUUAAAAUUCACUCAUGCACAAAAAACCUGUUUCAAAUAAUCAAGAAUUGACGAGUGUUUAAUUUUUCUAUUUCAAGUUCCACCCGCUGUUUGGGUAUAAAUCAUGCCAUUUUGUAAUUUGCUGUUAAAAUAAUAAAGCAUAAGUUUAUGUAGUUAAAAACAUAAUAUUUGUUU